GAGAGUUGCGCAAGUCAGUGUUUACUUGUUAUAGUUUACCUCGGAGAUUGUGUGUGUGUGUGUUUGUGUGUAUGUGUGUCUGGCUAAGAGCAGAGGUGUGGAGAGACCAUGGAGGAACGAGAAGAAGGCGAGGUAUCAGAUGGGAAUGAGGACAGUUUUGGGCUGUCCUACAAGCCUGUGGCACGACCUGAUGCCACCCUGUACAGGCGUGUGGAGCGCCACGUACCCUCUAGUGAUGAAGACUACUCGUCAGACUCCGACUCAGACUCCCCACUUGCAGCUAAACGCAAAAGGCCAAAUGUCAGUAAAAUGGACACUGGAGGUUCAGAAAGUCAUGAUCCCCGGGCCUGGACGCUGGACAAUGGCACUCAGGAGAGUCGACCUAUUGCCAAGGCACGCCGGCGCAACAAUAUAUGGUCCUCAGUAAUGGAGGAACAGGUAUUGGCACAGGAGAUUGGAGGGUUUGGUUUGAAGCGUCGCCUGGAUCAAGGUGACCGGAGCGUAGAGAGCUAUGACUAUUUACAGGCGCAACAGUUCCGUCAGCAAGAAGGCCAACAUUACUCUGAUGAGGAGGAGGAGGAAGAAGAUGAGGAGACUAAGAAUAAAAGAAUGAGCAGAAAACGGCAUGUGAAGGAGAGGUUAAGUCACCGGAAGCCGAAGACGAAAAGUGGGAAAAGAGAACUGAUAGAUGUGGAGAUUCGGGAGUCAAUGACGGAUGAGGAAGUGGGCCUAGCUAUUGCUGAGGGCCUCAUGGAGAGGAAACCAGAGCUCAUAGUGCGUGUAGUGGAGGUGCUGGGGCAGGAGAAAGCACUAGAUCUGUACAAAAACACUCAAGAGUUGGAGAGAGAUGGAGGCCUGAUGGUGUUGAAUGGGUCACGGAGAAGGACGUCGGGUGGUGUAUACCUACACUUGUUGAAGACUUACCCAACGUUAGAACAUACUGACUUAAUCAAGAUUUUCUCUCAAGAUGAGGCAGGGUCCCUACAGCAGUGGAGGAAACGCAAGCGAGCUCACCGCAAGCGUGAGAGACAUGAGUCUAAACCACAAGAUCCUGCAGGAGAGACAGCCAGUGAGGAGGGUCUUCACCUUGGAGAGCUGUUCUCUGAUGACCCUGGAGGAGCAAAGUGUCCUGGCUCAACUCCUGUCACAUCACCUCAGCCAUCUGACACAGAGGAACAGGAACUUGCAGGGCCUCUGAUAAAUCAGUUAUCACCACAGGAAAUUAUGCCACCUUCAUCACCACCUCAGCCACCAUCAGCCACUACAGAUCCUCACAAGACCCCAGACCAGCCUCUGGAGACCUAUAAUGGCGGGUUCCUCAACAUUGAAGUGGAGAACAGUACGCAGAAUGAGGAGAUAAGUGAAAAAAAUAAAAGAAGUACUGAGGUAGCUUAUGAUGAUGACUUUCUAGACAUUCAUGGAAAUGAUGAAAUGGAACUGUUCUGAUACUGUCAGUGGUUGCACAUAAUCUGCAGGUAUGGUACGACACCAACCUUAACUCUUUGUGGCUCCAACACCCUGUCAACCUCUGUGAUCUCCCAUGUAGAUAAACCCACAACCCAGUCUGUACAGAAUAAAUUCUUACAUGGUCCCUAUUCAGCUGUCUCCUGCCUUGGGUGUGUAUGCCUUAACCCUCCUGCCAUAAAAAUUCCCUCCAUCAUUCCUUUUUGAUCCUGAUCCUCCUCAAUAUUAUUGGUAUUCUAGUACAUCCUCUGUUUCAGCCAUGCACACUAUUUGACUUAAGGAUUGAAACAUAGGGAAGAGGGAGGGUAGUGUUGCAUCAGUAAUUUGGCCUAAUCUUUAUAUGACUUUUGUGUCAGGAAGUAUGAGAUUGAAUGUAACUUCAUAAAAUGAGCUACAGGUAUUGAACAAUUUAUCUGGUGUCCAGAAAAAUAUAAUCAACAGAAAUGCAACAUAUGUUUUAGAUUGGUUAGUUUUGAGUAUGGUAGGCUUUGCAGUAUUUGGCUGCUCUUGGUUUUGUAUUGGCAUGGUGCACCCACCAAGUGAUAAUUUUAGUGGGACAGCUGUUGCAUAGAUAUAUAUUUUCCAGCAAUUUUUUUUUAAUAAUUUUGCCCCAUUUCAUUUUACAUUUUACUUUUAUACCAGAUUUUGUGUAUGUGCAUGUUUGUUUUGUGGCUCACUUUAUUGUAAUAAUUAAUUCAGUAUCAUACCUAAAAGACCACAACAGAAAGGAAGUAGGCUAGUAGACAGCCCCAAAAAUAAUUGUUUCACUGUUUAUUUAAAAAAAAUUAGAAUUGGUUAUGGGAUUUGAUAAAGGGACUUCACUGCUGCAUUUGGGCAUGUUGGUGCAUCUACUUUCUAUGAUGUCAACAAACAAAAAACAGAUACUUGAAUUAUUUGGAUAUGUGUCUGGUAAUAGAGAGUGAGUAUGAUAUGUACUACUAUUUGAAGGCUUAUUGGCACUCAUCAUUGGGGAAAAGAAAAAAAUGGGGAUGUGCUUAGACCACCAAAUGAUUAUGCACAGUAUUUUUUUUUUUUAUUCUAAGUGGUUUAAUAAAGAUGAAACUGUUAUAAAAGUCUAUGAAUUUGUAUCUCUGAAAUUGUUGUUGGAUAUGCUGCACAAGUGAUCCUCAUGCAGUGUCUGACAAAGAUCAGGCAUUUCUCCUGUGAAGGCCUCUAGGCUAAGACAUGAGAGAAUGCUUGUGAAUAUUGAUGUCCUGGCUCAUCUUUCUUUUACUUUAUGGGGAUGUCAGCCUGAUAUGUAGAUCUGUCCAAUAUUAUGUACUUUUUUAUUGUUUAUUUUAUGCAGAUACUUUAGCAUGUGCUAGUUAAUAUUAGAAUAUGCCUUGUCUUGAUCAACUUAUAUGGGGAUGUUUGACAGCAAUAGGGUUUUUUUUUAUGGAGCAGUGAAGAGUAGUUGCUUGUGACAAGGAUGAAUGGAGGUGCAGCAGUGAAAGGUGGUUCUUCUAUGUCUGGUGUGAUCAAAAGAUUGAGUUUGGUACAAGGAAGGUGGUGGGAUCUCUGAUCCCCUUCUAGAGGCUGAGAAGCUGGAAAAUUAGACCUUCAAUCCCAAGCUUGCCAGAUAAAUGUCAUAAUACCUGUAGUUCAAUUUUAGAGGUUAUGUGACUGUCAGGGUGCAGUUCUUAAAACUUAAAUUAACUUUCAGUGGUGCAAUCUUACCAGAUUUUUUUUUCGAUUAACAGUGUCAGUGCAGGUGAAAAUUUAAUGCUAGAAAUCAUUCCCAUUCUCUUCACUAAUCAGUCAGCCUUUCAUCACAUUAAAGUUUCAAAUUAUUUUUGUUCCUUGAACUGCAACUUUCAUGAUCUCACUUUUUACAAGAUUGUUCCUAAGCAUCAGAGGGAUUCUCAAGUUCUCAGACAACCAUUUCUCUCUGUUGUAUCAGCACACUUUUAUUAUAUGUUGUAAAAUUUUACCAUAAAUUUCUUUGAGAGACCAGCAAAAUAAGUACAUCCCUUCUCAAAUUGUAUCACAUACUUCAUGGCUGUAUUUAUUUAUUUUUAUUUUUUAUCAUUUUGUUUAUUUAGUUUUUGAUACACAUUAUAAUUAAAUACUGAUCAAGUUCAGUUGGAAUCCUUACCAAGGUUCAGUAUGUUGUACUCCAUGAUGGUGUAGGGAUACCCUCACUUCUCAUGAGGCAGGAAAAUUAAUGCCUCUAGAAAAGCAACCUAGAUAUUUUGGGAUUUAUGUGAUAGUUUAACUGGCUGUUUUGUUUACUGCAAAGGGAAAUUGUUUUUAUCAAAAUAGUGCUUUGUGCCAUAUCAGUCAAUUAAAAGCUGAAUUUCUUACUUGUAAAAAUAUGAAUGCAGUAAAAUCCUACAAAUAUUGAGUAGUUAAUUAACAGGAAAAGUAAAAUAAUGCAUACAACACACCCACUCAGAGCAGCAGAUUGGGACGCUUCACAGGAGGGCAGGAUUUGUGGCUCAAAUUAAUUUGAUAUGACCAUAGUUUGUAAGAUAAAUGUACAUAGUUUCCCUGU